AUGGCAUUACUCCACCGCAUGUCAGGAGAGUGCAUCAAGUCCGAGUUGGACUUGUUCACCCUUCCUCUGACGCAGACGGUUAUUGAGAAAAGCAGUUAUUUAGAAGUGCCUCCUUUAUCGGCUAUAUCAGACUCUUCGCCUUUGGAGUUUUUUAUAGCCGGGAAUGGCGACGAUUAUGUCGACCUAAAUAACACACUGCUGUAUCUACGUCUUAAGAUCACAAGACCUAAUGGGGCUGAUUUACCAAACGAUGCCAAGAGUUCGAGUACGUAUCCUUACCGAUGUAUCAUUGAGAGUCUGAUCAACUACAGUAAAGAUGCGUUGGAAUCGCUUUUCUCAGCCGGCUUGUUUUACAAAGACACUGCCGGCCAUAUGGAUGAGACUGACCCCGGCGGGGAUAACCAGGGACUGGCGAAGAGGUCGGCCUACACUGCGAACAGCAGAGUGGUGGAACUGUUGGCUCCUAUUCACAGCAAUAUUUUCUUUCAAGAAAAAUUGAUGGUGAAUGGAAUCGACAUUAAACUGAGGAUGAUCAGAGCCAAAGACGAAUUCUGCCUGAUGAGGGACGGGGAUGUGGCGUACAAAUUAAAUAUUAUGUCAGCGAGCCUAUUUGUCAAGAAAGUCUCUGUAUCACCGCCUGUGAGACUGGGGCAUGCCCAGGCGCUGCUAUCGACUACUGCAAAGUACCCCAUAGAUCGUGUUUGUUUAAAAAAUUUCUCCAUACCAGCAGGGUCCCGUGUUUCGAAUCAAGAAAAUUUGUUUUUAGGAACGCUACCAAAAUCUAUCGUCCUGGCUAUGGUUGAUAACGACGCGUUCACAGGAACCUAUAAUAAAAACCCUUUUGCAUUCAAACAUUACGAUUUGGAGUUCCUAGCAGUCUAUGUUGACGGACAACAAUUUCCUGCCAAACCGCUACAGCCGAAUUUUGAAUCGGGAGCGGCAGUACGUGAAUUUUAUCAACUGGCUAUGGCCUCUGGAAGACAUCUUAAAAACCAAGCGCUCUCUAUCGACAGGGAUGACUUUCUGAAUGGAUACACCCUUUAUGCCUUCAACCUCACACCUGACGAAGAGUGCAGUCAGCACAUAUCGCUCAUCAAGUCUGGUAACAUCAGACUCGAGGCACGCUUCCGACAACCGUUGCCACAGACUAUUAAUUUAUUAGUCUACGCCGUCUUUGAUAGUAUCAUUGAAGUGUCUAACCGCAGACAGGUCCUGGUUAACUACUAUUGA